UUUCCAGUAAGGAGCUGCCAGACUUUGGGAAACAUAUUCAGUACCAGCGAGGACGUUUCUUACUUAUAAGGAUGGGGCAGCUGUGCCAUUAUACAGUGCUCUGUCUGGCUUUGAUGGCAGUGCUGCACAGCACGUCAGCAGGAAGGAAAGGAGGAUCUGUAGGCAGAAGAACCUCUUCCACAAAAACUACGUCUUCUUCAUCAUCUAGUAAAGGUACAUCUUCAUCCUCUGGUAAAAGCACAUCUUCAUCUGUAAAGCCAGCACAGGGAUCCAAAACAAAGGACCAUCGGUACCCAGCUGGUGGAUACCCAGUGAGAUCAGAAGGCCAGCCAGGUGGUUACCCGUCCAUAGGCGGGGCUUAUCCCAACUGGAACCCAAACAACAAGAUCCUUAGUCCUCGGUAUGGAGGUGGAUUUGGGGGUGGGUAUGGAGGUAACGGACAUGGUUCCCCUUUUUCACAUACGGUGCAGAGCAUGGGUUACACUCCCUCAUUGAAGUCCAAAGGUUUUGGGAAAAAGGCAGCGCUGGCAGCUGGAGCUGGUGCAAUAGCAGGGAUGGCGGUGGGUUACGGCCUGGGCCAUGUCCCAAGGCCCCACUUCAGCUUCAGCAGUCCGAAAGAGGAGCAUUACUACAACCAUUACAUGUACCAGCGCUACGGCACCAAAUCAACCACCAAAUCAACCACCAGAUCAACCACCAGAUCAACCAACAAAAACGACUACGGACAGGACAAUGUAUUCAAGCCCCCACAGGAGGCUCAGAGCUAUGAGAAAUACAUGGACACAUGCAUGAACAGAACUGACCUCCUACGAGACCAGGACACAAAGGUGAGCCAUGUCCAGAGAGAUGAUCUCAUCUCUGGAUCUUCUGCUCUUGCGUCUGGCACUCUGGAGAGAAGUGGCCCUGCAGAGCGUGGCAUUAACUACAUCCAAAGAAAUGAAUCCGCCCCUCAGUCUCCUGCUCUUGCUAAUGGCACUCUUGAGACAACUGGCCCUGAGGAGAGUGGCACCAAGUCAGACAUCCCAGUGCCUGCAGAGCUCCAGCAGAUCGAUGAUGACAUGGUAAGCAUAAUGGAGAUUGGGUACCCUUCCCUCAUCCAGCAGAUGAAGGCUCAGAAGUGUGUGGAGCUGUAUAUAGUGUACUCUGAGAGCAACAAAGGCCAAAACGGAUGCUCCUCCUCUGGCCCCCACCUACUUCUCACUACCAUCAUUAUGGCCCUUAGCAGUGCCUUCCUGCUGCAGUGAAGUAGCACUGCCCUGCUCAAGCCUCACAGGGACUACAGUGCACAGUGUUUUUAAAAAACAGUUCUUGGGACUCACAAGAUGGUCCACAUUGUCACACUGCCACAACUCCUUAUACACCUCAAUCAAGCCAUUAAGAACACCGAACACUGUGUUAUGGGAACUUCUUAAGUCUGAACAUAUAUUUUGUCUGUUUGGUCAGCAUGACGACUUCAGUACGGACUGAAUUUAGGACAGCAGCUGUCACAGAAUAGAACACAGAACAGUUCCUGACAUCAUAAUCUUAUCAUUAACUCCAGAUAAGCAAAAA